CUUCCUUAUCCCGUUCAUAUGGUACGUUGACUUCCGCCGUCGAUGUUAAAGCAGUGCUAUCAUGGCGGAGCGCGUUCAGCAGCCCCCAGCCAAACGGCUCUGCUGUAGACCAGGUUAUAACACGAAUUGUAGACAGGGACAACGGGCCGGGGGUGCAUUAUGUGGCGGUUCGGGUGCGGCUCAAGGCGGGUCGAGCAAAACCCACAGCCCGGAGUCUCUGUUGGACAUCUCGGCCCGGAAAGUGGCCGAGAAGUGGCCGUUUCAGCGGGUAGAGGAGCGCUUUGAACGGAUUCCGGAGCCUGUACAGAGACGGAUCGUUUACUGGUCUUUCCCCAGGAGUGAGCGAGAGAUCUGCAUGUAUUCUUCGUUCAAUACAGGGGGAGAGGAGAGUGGAACUAGCGGGGAAAAUAGCGAUGAGACGCGGCUGCCUUUCAGACGAGGCAUCGCUCUGUUGGAGAGCGGCUGUGUGGACAACGUAUUGCAAGUCGGGUUCCACCUCAGUGGAACGGUAACAGAACCGGCCACAGCGUCGGAACCCGAGCUCGUCUGCAGCGUAAGCGUCAGCUUUGACCGUUGCAAGAUCACGGCAGUGACGUGUGGCUGCGGCAACAAGGACAUCUUCUACUGUGCCCACGUGGUGGCGCUGGCCCUGUACCGCGUACGGAAGCCCGAGCAGGUCAAACUACACCUGCCCAUCUCUGAGACACUGUUCCAGAUGAACAGAGACCAGCUGCAGAAGUUUGUCCAGUACCUGAUAACAGUGCAUCACACUGAGGUGCUGCCUACCGCACAGAAACUAGCGGAUGAAAUACUGUCCACCAACUCUGAGAUCAACCAGGUUCACGGGGCCCCGGACCCCACCGCAGGGGCCAGUGUGGAUGAUGAGAACUGUUGGCACCUGGACGAGGAGCAGGUUCAGGAGCAGGUCAAACUCUUCCUCUCUCAGGGGGGGUACCAUGGAUCCGGAAAACAACUUAACCUACUGUUCAGCAAGGUGAGAGAGAUGUUAAAGAUGCGUGACUCCAAUGGUGCCAGGAUGUUAACACUCAUCACAGAGCAGUUCAUGGGCGACCCUCGUCUGGCCCUGUGGAGACAGCAAGGGACCACCAUGACGGACAAGUACAGACAGCUGUGGGAUGAGCUGGGUGCGUUGUGGAUGUGCAUCGUGUUGAACCCCCACUGUAAGUCGGAGCAGAAGGCUGUUUGGCUGAGACAGCUCCGGAGGUGGAACAGCGUUGACGUUUGUCCCUGGGAGGACGGAAACCACGGCAACGAACUGCCCAACCUCACACACGCACUGCCGCACGGCAACCCAGACUCAUCGUCCCGGCCCCACAGAACAGUCUUCACGAGGGCCAUCGAGGCCUGCGACCUGAACUGGCAGGACACACACCUGCAGCGCAUCAUCACACAUGACCUCUACACACACUCACACACACACUGUCACCACGACAACCACGACGGUUCGGGGGCACUGUUUGAUGCCCGUGGCUGGCCCCUUUGGCACGAGCACGUCCCUACCGCAUGUGCCAGGGUGGAUGCUCUCCGGUCACAUGGUUAUCCCAGGGAAGCCUUACGAUUGGCCAUCGCUAUUGUCAACACUCUGAGACGGCAGCAACAGAAACAACUAGAGCUUUUCCGCAGCCACAAAAAAGAGCUGCUCCUUAAAGGCAUGACAUCAGUCACCAACAUGGAGGGCUGGGUGGGUCAUCCCCUGGAUCCUAUAGGUACUCUGUUCAGCACACUAAUGGAGACGGGACGUGUAGAAGAGGAUGGGGGCAACGCCUUCCUAGACUUCUCAGGCUCUGUAAGUUCAGCCAAAAGGUCGGAGCCCCACCUUUUCCCAGCACAGCACUUCCUGGACGAUGGCCAAUCGUUCGUAGCACUUGCCGUAGAAACGGCUCUGAUUGGCUUGGGGCAGCAAAGGGUGAUGCCCGACGGCCUUUACGCCCAGGAGAAGGUGUGUCGCAACGAAGAGCAACUUUUGGCCAAGCUCCAGGAAGUGGAACUGGACGACACUCUGGUCAAGAUCUUCCGAAAGCAAGCAGUCUUCCUGCUAGAGGCUGGUCCGUACAGUGGUCUUGGAGAGCUGCUCUACAGAGAGAGUGUCCCCAUGCACACAUUUGCCAAGUAUCUCUUCAGCUCGCUACUACCUCACGACGCCCCACUGGCGUACAAAAUUGCACUGAGAGCCAUGAGGUUGCCGGUUCUGGAAUCCACCGCUCCAUCAGGUGAUCUGUCCAGACCUCACCACAUAGUAUCUGUGGUCCACAACCGCUACCCUCGCUGGUUCACUCUGUCCCACAUAGAGUCGCAACAAUGUGAACUGGCCUCCACUAUGCUCACCGCAGCCAAAGGAGACGGGCGUAAACUAGAAACAGUGUUAGAGUCCAUCCAGAAGAACAUCCACUCCUCAUCGCACAUCUUCAAACUAGCCCAGGACGCCUUCAAGAUCGCCACACUGAUGGACAGCCUACCAGAUAUCACACUGCUCAAAGUCUCACUGGAGCUGGGUCUUCAGGUCAUGAGGAUGACCCUGUCCACGUUGAACUGGAGGAGGAGGGAGAUGGUUCGCUGGCUGGUCACCUGUGCCACCGAAGUCGGUGUGUAUGCGUUGGACAGCAUCAUGCAGAGCUGGUUCACCCUGUUCACCCCGACCGAGGCCACCAGCAUCGUGGCCACCACCGUCAUGUCCAACACCACCAUCGUCCGCCUGCACCUGGACUGCCACCAGCAGGAGAACCUGGCCUCGUCAGCCCGGACCCUGGCCCUGCAGUGCGCCAUGAAGGACCCCCAGAACUGCGCCCUCUCGGCCCUCACGCUCUGCGAGAAGGACCACAUCGCCUUCGAGACGGCCUACCAGAUCGUGCUGGACGCCGCCGCCACGGGGAUGAGCUACACGCAGCUGUUCACGAUAGCUAGGUACAUGGAGCACAGGGGCUACCCUAUGAGGGCGUACAAGCUAGCCACGCUGGCCAUGACCCACCUCAACCUCAGCUACAACCAGGACACCCACCCGGCGAUCAACGAUGUGCUGUGGGCCUGCGCGCUCAGCCACUCCCUGGGGAAGAAUGAGCUGGCCGCCGUCAUCCCGCUGGUGGUGAAAAGCGUGAAGUGUGCCACGGUGCUGUCGGACAUUUUAAGGCGGUGCACAUUGACCACGCCAGGCAUGGUGGCUCUGCACAGCCGCAGGAACUCUGGGAAGCUGAUGUCGCUGGACAAGGCUCCGCUCAGGCAGCUGCUGGACGCCACCAUCGGGGCCUACAUCAACACCACACACUCUCGCCUGACGCACAUCAGCCCGCGGCACUACAGCGAGUUCAUAGAGUUCCUUAGUAAGGCCCGCGAGACGUUCUUAAUGGCCCACGACGGACACAUCCAGUUCACACAGUUCAUAGACAACCUCAAACAGAUAUACAAGGGCAAGAAGAAACUCAUGAUGCUCGUACGGGAGCGGUUCGGUUGACAAAUAAGACGAAACGAAGAACUUUAAAACUUUUGUGAGAGCGGUCGAAGGAUUUGAGACCAAUCAUGCCCCUUUUACUUGAGUCUGCCUUUGUAUCAUUUUUUUACUUAAAAAGUGAUGGAAAAAACUGAAAAGAGAGCGGAAAAAAACUGAAAACAACAAAAACAAACAAUAAAAGGCCACAACGGUAUUAAUGUGUAUAGACCCUAUUUAGUUCACAAACAAACAAAAAACUAAAUUGUCAUGUCGCGCGUGUGAGUGAGUGUGACCAUUUAUAUGUAUGAAAGAGUAUGAACGAGUGCAAGAGAGAGAACUAAAGAGAAAAAUAAAAAAUCUUUUGGUUUACACUGAGUAUAUGUUGUCCAGUGGCCAGAUGUUCACAUAGCACUGUAUCCCUUCUGUUAAACGAUCAUAGCCUCAGAAAACGAGACAAUGGCGUGAAACCAAAUGGAGGAAUUCCAUCAGCCGUGACCAGUACCUCGUACGAACCCAGCUUUACCCCCCUCCCCAUGUUCCCCUGCCUUCCCUCCCGCCCUUCCUCAACUUUCCCUCCAAGGUCAGUGUAGUCAAACGUGUGUAAGCAGUUAUUGAACAAAAAACAGUUCACCAUCCACUUCAGUUCAAAAUUCCUUGUGUUUUUUUCUUUAUUAUUUUCUCUUGAUUAAUUAAUCAGCAACUCCAGAAUGACCGCAUGGCUCUGCAGUAUUGUUCACCCUGAUACACACUCUCUCUCACACACACACACACACACACACACACACACACACACACACACACACGCUAAGCAUACACACAGACACAUAAGCAGACAGAAACAAACACACUGUAAACACACACUAGUGCUUGCGCUUGUUGAACCUUAGCGACUGUCAACAUACGUUCUCAGGGAUUUCUCUAAAAAAAAGCAAAGGAAAUGAAAAAGAAAGAAUGAGAGCAUUUUAUUGUACUGUAUAUAUGAUAGUAUAUAUGUCUGAAUAUUAAAAAAAUGUAUACGUUAACUAAUUUAUAAAAGAAUAUCUAUGUAAUGCAAAAUACUUGAAGCUGCAGUACCUUGGUUUUUAAAACAAAACAUAUCAGAAGGACUUUUAAAAUGUGUCGCCUUGCGUUGCGUCAUCAGGGGCCAGGUCAAAGGUUCGGGGUCAUCUUAGCAGGACUGUUAGCUGGGUGACCCCACAGAGAUGAACAGAAUGACAUCCACUGGACUGCUUGACAGGAGCUGGCUGUUUGCAAAACAGGACAUGGAUGUUGUAUUUUGUAUGGACCAGCAAAAUAUACCUAUCUCCCAGUUGUACACAAAGUUGUUUUGGACACCAUAGAAGAAGAGAAAAGAGAGAACGACUUCCCAGGAGCCAGAUCAGUGAGCCUUAGCAUUUCAGAGUGAGAACUCAGGCCCAGUGCCUAUGAAGCCGUGAAAUGUAGAGCCGAAAAUCCCUUGACUACUAAUAGCGUAGUAAUACGUGUGGUGAAAUUUGGCCCGACCACACCUCAUGUCUCUUUCCGCAGUGAUCUAGUCACAAAAACGAAGCUCCAUUUAUAUGCACAACAAUUAUCCAACAACAUGUAUAUGUCUCUACAACAUGCCUCAUCUGCGGACUGUGUGCAGGGCAGGAAGUUGCUAUGUAGAUCUCGACUGUUCCGACUUUUUUUACGCCCUUUUUUAUGUUUUCUCUCCUUUUAUUGUUUUUGUUUUCUCCAGAAUUCCUCAACGAGAACAGCCUUCUUUCUUGCCUUGUCUUAACGCUUUAAAACAACCAAACGGGAGUUCUAACUACCAAACUUUGUUCAUUAAAAUGAAAAAGCCAACCAAUAUGGGUUACAACUUAUAGUGUCUUUAAUUUUUAGCUGAAUGGUUCUGUGUUCUGUGCUUUAAAAAGCCCUUGUCCUCUGUUUUUGGGUGUAGAAACAUCGAAGUGUCUCUUCCCCUAGAGGUUUGUCCGUAGUUCCUUUGUCCAGAGACAGGAAUAUCAUUCAUGUACCAUUUUAUUUAUUAUGAUAGGUAAACGAUUGUACUUCUUCAACCGUGUCAACAUUGUUCAUGAAGUUGAAAGUCAGAUUUGAUACACUGAUAUCAAUUUAUUUAUGUAACUAAAUCACUGUUUUAUAAACUUGUUAAUGAUUCAACUUUUUUGUUUUAAUUAAAAUUAGUUUUUUUUUUUGAGAGGA